AUGGCGGGAACUCAGGCGGUGGUCCUCUCGAUGACUUUCUCAUCUGUCGCGUUUAUUUUCGUUUCUCUACGCUGCUUCAGCCGCAUCUUGUUUGCCAAACGCCUCUUCAUAGAAGAUGUCCUGAUCGUACUAGCUCUCGUCUGUUCUUUCGGCGUGGCAGGGGCGAUUGAAGUUGAACGACAGUAUGGCCUUGGGGAGAACCUUUACACGCUGCCACCCGAUCAGACGGUACCGGGCCUGAAGGCUUUUUGGGCCAGUAUCUUUCUCUACGGCCUCUGCCUCACGUUGGUCAAGUGCUCAAUUUGUUGCCAACUUCUGAGGCUUUUCACCGAGACAAAGUACAAAGUGGCGCUACAAUGCAUACUGGCCUUUCUCAUUGUUUUCGGGAUCAUUGCCGCGGUCGUGACAGUGUUCACCUGUACGCCCCCUCGGGAUUUCUGGGAGGAAAUGAUCCUCCCGGACAAAUGUAUCAACUAUGUGCCCUGGUGGUUCUUCAGCGCUAGUGUUUCUAUCCUGACAGAUUGUGUGCUUUGCAUUCUGCCAAUGCCGAUCUUGAAGAAGCUUCAUCUACCACCGCGACAGAAAUAUGGCCUGAUCGCUGUCUUCGCAGUCGGAGGUUUUGCGUGUAUUGUGUCUAUCCUGCGUCUGCACGCGAUUUACAAAUUCAGCCGCUCAUCCGAUGCUUCAGAGGCCAAUGUCGAGGCAGCUUACUGGUCUGCGAUCGAAGUCAACACUGGCAUCAUAUGCGCAUGCAUGCCUAUGAUUCGACCUCUCAUGAAUCUGAUAUGGAAGAAAAUAUUCAGGUCGUCCACCCGCACUGUAUCAGUGACCUCAGAGUCCAGAGAGUACAACAUGAAAUAUGGUCCUCCAAGCGCUUUGCAAUCUUGGAGGACGCCGUUAGAAGAUGUGUCAUUCUGUACCGUCCCUGACAAUAUGAAGGAUUAUCUCGAGGCCUCCGGCAACCAUCAUAGAAACGAGGAAUCAGAGAGCUUAGCGGGCGCAACACCAAGUUUAGCCUUGACGAGAUCAGAUGUUGAAUGCGGAAGACCCCAUGGGUGA